AUGUCCCUUUUUGAGCCUGUGGCAUCCUCUUCAGCCUCAUCAUCAAAUGUUUCUGCUGCUUCCGAAAUCACAACGGCGAACGCCACUUUGGAUGAUCAUUCGAGUAAUAACAACAACACAACACAACAUAAAAACAAACAAUCCUCAUCAAAGGCUUCUACCAAAAGUAAAUCUUCUUCAACGAAUACGAAACAACAACAAGAAGAAACAAAUCCAUCCAGAAAUGUUGCAACUCCUGUAAAGCCUAGCCCAUCACUCUUAUUCUUUGAUGAGGUACUAAAAGCCAUUCCUGGGAGUUUAAUGCGAGGAAUCGUUGAAAACACAUUACAACCAAAGUCAAAAUUUGAUCCUUAUGCUGCCGAUGAUGAUGAAGUGGUGAAUCAGUUUAUAAAACAUUGCCUUCGAGCAGGUUUGAACAUUCUGAGAGAUUCUAUGGAUACUUCUCUAUUGAAUGAUUUAUUUAUUGUGUUUGCUUCAAAAAUUGAAAACGCUCAUUCUGCUCAUUUCACAGGUAUAAAAAGAGAACGAGUGAUGGAAUUGUGGUCAAAAAAAGGACUUGAUGUUUUUCUUCAAAGUUCGCCUGUGGAGGUUUUACAUCGAUUUUGUGAAUGUUUGAAUUUUAGAGAGGACACAAACGAUCGAGUCACUAUCAUCAAUGCUUUGAAAGAGGAAUUGCUUAUUGAUGGGUGUUUAUGGUUGCUUCAGAAUCAAAGAAGUAGUGACCUUAAAAACGCGCUUACAGCAAUCAGAGACAAGUUUAACGAAAUAUUUUCUAAUUAUUCAUUCUUUGAGGACGCAUAUUGCAUUUGUUCAUAUUUUGAUUCUUGUGCAUUUGCACUUCUCAUACUGUCAUUGAGUUUUCCUCAUUUGAGGCCUAAGUUAAAAGAAUACAUUUUAAAUCCUAAUAAUGCAUCAUGUAAAGUUCUGACAAAUUCUCGAGCUACUAAGACAGCAGAGUCUCUUAAAAUCCCAGAAGUUGAAGAGACUGAUUCUUCAAAAGAAAACAAAUCUGCACUAGAGAACGGUUCAGCAUCUAUAGAAAAAUCCACAACAACAAUUCCUAUUAGUAGCAGCACCAAUGGAACGAUCACUGCAACGGAAGAGAGUCAUAAAAAUAAUGAAAAGUCUGUUGAAAAUAAUGAAACAAAUGAGAAAGACAACAAGAACAACGACGAAUCAACGAAACCAGCUAGGACGGAGCAAGAUUCAAAUGCUACACAUACGGAGCAUGAUGCAGUGGGUGACGACAUUGACGAAGAAGAAGAGGAAGAAGGAAUUGAAUUUCCAUCUAGUGAAGGGAGACCCAAAAUUGAAUUUGGUGUCAGUGCCCAUGAUAUUUACGUCAACUACACAGCCAAAGAAAUUCAUGACAUGUGCAAAUUCUUCAAGCUGAAACAAGCAGGAAACAGUAGGGACCGCUGUAAACGAAUUGUAAAGUAUCUCAGUGGUGAGGUGGAGACAAAGAAAAAGAGAAAGAGACAAUCUAGUAGUUCAACUUCUCAAAAGAAGAAGAAAUAG